AUAUUUUUGGUCAAGUUAUUAAUCGAUAUUUGCAGUGCUGCCACCUUGAUGGAAACACCGAUAGUAUAGGUUUUUCUCCCAUCACUAUCUCUGAUUCUGAAAUUUGCAAUCGACAUGGCCAACACUCCAGCAACCUCCAACGUGGGACCCGUGCUCCGUGGCCUCCACAAUGCCACCAUCAAGAAGAACCUGGCCAUUUCUCUGGGCCUCACCGCCCUGAUCACCGUUGCCUACAAAGUUCUGGUCAACGAUCCCAAGAAGGCCGCCUACGCCGACUUCUACUCGAAGUACGAUGCCAACAAGUCCUUCGAGCGCAUGAAGGCCGCCGGUCGUUUCCAGUCCUGCUAGACUAUUAUUACCCCCACAAAAACACAUGUAGUCUAAGUCAAAAGAUGUUGUAUAGCGAGUGUUACGCUUCUGUAUUGAAAACUAAAUAGAUUUCAGUCUACGUA